AUGCUAAAAUUUGAUUAUUGUUUUGAGAACGCGCAAAGAAACGCAUCGUAUAAAGUCUCAGUUGAUUCAUCUAAGAAUCAAGAUGGGAAGCUGAGCCCCCAUGCCCCUUGUAGAAAGGUACUGCUUGCAGAAAAUGAGCUGCCCCUUCUAACACGGCUCACUCGAAAAGAUCAAGACUUCAGGAAUACCCGAGGAAGCAUAGAUUCAUCUCAAAUAUCACCUACUUCAGAGAGAGGUUCCAAGUUCGGGAGCUUUAGCUCAGGCUCGAUAAUAGAUCUUGAUGAAAUCGUUAAGGAGUCGAAGAAGUUUGAGCGAGACUUAAAGGAAAGUUGCAGCGAUUGUUCAACUCCUAGACCUCAACCAAGAAUGAGCUUUCAGGAUGAAGUCAACGGGGAAUUUCCUCGACACUUCGAUGAUGAUUUUUCGUUAGGUUUUGCUCCUAUCCUUAACGAAAUAACGACUCAAGAUUUUGGUAGAUCAAACUCAUGCAGGCAGGGUACUUCAUCACACGGGAAUCUGGCAGCCGGUAGCAAACGAAGUAGCGUAUCACUGGGGAAAACGGAAACGUUUAAAUCUCCUUUGAAGCUGAUUUUUAAAAGAGCUAGUCAAAAAAGUAAAUAUCAGGAACAAAGCGAGGACGAGCAGGACUCUGAAGAAAUGUUAGUGGAGAAUAAUUUAUCAAAUGAAAGCAUUCUAGUUUCCCGUUUACCUUCACCUCAGAUUAAACCUUCGGUAGGUAAAGGGGUGGAUGGUUGCAGUAAUAUCAAGAAGUAG